GGAUAAUGUUAUCUAAAUUCCGAAAUUUUAUUUACGAAAAUGGCGGAUCAAGUGCUGCGAGAGCUUGAGGCUGCUGCACAAAUUUUUUUAGCACCGCCAAAUCUGGUUAGUAGCGAGCAACGACAGUCCGCAGAGGGGGUAUUUCUGAAUUUUCGCAAGACAAAAUCUCCGUACCAGUUAUGCAGAACCAUUCUGGAAAGUUGUACCGUAGAUUAUGUGUUGUUCGAAGCUGCUGGUCUAAUAAAGACUGCGCUUGUGAGAGAAUGGACGGUAUUACCUGAGGAUGACAUAGUUUCGCUCAGACGAUACUUGUUUCAUUACAUCAUAAACAAACCUAAUUUGGCUCUGUUUGUACGCGAAAGAAUACUCCAAAUAAUAGCCAUUAUGGUGAAGAGAGGAAGUACGCGUGACGCAGGACAAGAUAGAGUAUUGAUAUUGGACGAAGUGGAGGAAUUGAUAAGGAGCGGAGACAGGCCGAGACAACUUAUAGGCUGUGGCUUAAUAUCGGCUUUGAUGCAAGAACAUAAAAUAACAGUGAAAUCGGCGGACAUGGGACUAACGUGGGAAGCGCACUUCAGAGCCAAGACCCAAUUCCAAGUGAUGGAUCUGAAGAGAAUAUUGAAAUUCUCUGUGGGUGCCAUCGCCGAGCUGACCAAGGACGGAAUUGCGGAGGAGAAUUUUUCAUUGAUAAAACACUUGCUUUGCAUAGCGGAGGGUGUACUGGCCUGGGGCUUUGUUUAUCAUCCAUUGCCAAGAGGUUUGGUUGGUCACUUUGAAGCUGUUCACGAAGCUGAUAAUGCGCCCUCUCUCAAUUUACAUCCUACCUGGCGCGACGUCAUUCUCGAUCCAGCGAUUCUUGAAUUAUUUUUUCCCCUUUAUUGGAAAGUUCGGACCAUGCCGCAGUUAGCUCAUCACGCAAGAAAUUGUUUGGUACAAUUGGCAAGUUUGAACGGUAGUGUGUUCGCAACCGAGGAUCAAAAAAUUGCUUAUCUCACUAAUUACGUUCAAGGCUUCCUCAAUCUCGUUUGCAAUAUCGAUGUCAUCGAUCACGAAGCUCUAGGUAUCGCGAAUAUAAUACGCAAAAUAAUGUCCUUCUUCCGGCCAAGUGGACUCGCCGCUCUGCCUGAAAAUCUAUUUCGAUCGUUCAUGGAACAGAUGACAAGGCUGACUUGUCUCUUUGCAGAGAAUGCAGCUCAAGAAGAAUCGAUGUGCGCCGAUGAUUGCAUGUACAUGGAAGCUUUGGAUCGCAUACUCGAGACGUGGAUACCCGUCGUAACCAAAGAUCAUUUGUUUCCUCGGGACUUCUCUAAGCAGUGUUUUACUCAAAUAUUCAAUACAUAUUUAAAAUGUCAUUUAGCACCACCCGAUGGAACGCGAGGAGCUGCCGGAGGCAAAGACAUCGAGGAAGAAAUAGACGUUAUCGAGGAAGACGAUGGAACCAAGUACAUGGAACAAUUGCAAAUAAUAGGAAAUUUCGGUAGAGAAAUAGUUGGACACUCGUUGAUUGUACUGACGAGAUUACUCGAGGAUAGAACGACGAAAUUACGCGAACAAUUGAAUCGAUUGGCUGCACAACCGGAAACCAUGAAUAUCGCCAGCUCAAAUAUAAUAAAAAAUCUUUACGAAGAUUUGCACUGGCUCGUACUCAUCACCGGACACGUACUUUGCGUAGAGUGCGACGGGGAAUAUUUUUUACCGUCCGAAAUAAUGACUUACAGCAUGGAACAGGCUCGUCGGGGUCAAGUGGAUGUAAAUGUAACUCUCCAAUUAUUGGCAUCUCCUCGAAACGACGUUUCCGAGGUGUCCGGUGCCGAAGAAUCGGCUGAUCACGUAAUACGUCUUAUAGCCGCGGUCUUUCGUCUCUGUGAAUUUGAGAAAAACGCAAUUGCCGCUAAUCUUACGAGUUUAUUGAGUCCUGAAUUAAGUUGCACCAUCGUAUGGUUCUUACAUAGAUGGUCCGUACGAUAUCUUUUACUCGUUGAAAACCAUUAUUCCGAAAUAAGUACUACAAUAUUAGAAGCCUUUGGCGAGGAAAGCCCGGCUGCUCUGUGGACUAUGAAUUAUAUGCUGGAAAAAAUUACCUGCAACAUCAAUGCCUUCAAAUCGGAGCCUACUCUCAUCAAAGAUACGAUACAACUUUUAGUCGCAUUGGUCGAAUAUCGUACAAAAGCCGCGUGCGUUCUCAAAUCGGAAUGUCUCGGACGUCUUAUCGAAUUAGCGACAAAGAGCAGAUACGAUCUUCCCCAAUCGGCCAAGAGAGGGUUGAUGCGAGCCGUCGUUCAAGUCGGUGCUGCCCUGCGCGAUGAGACUUAUGAGGAACAGUACUGGUCCCAAACGCUUCAGCCCCUUCUUGAUCGUUUCAAACAAAUCAUAUCUAACGACAAUUUUCCGGGUUCUUAUCAUCAGGAGCAAAUCAGAAUUCAAUUGAUCGACCUCUUGGAAUCGUAUAUCGGAGUCGCUCAAGGUGUUAAAAACGCUACGGUACGAACUGUAUUCCAAUACACAGCGCCUGUACUUGGUGAAUUGUCAAAUCUUCUGUCACUUUAUCACAAUUAUCAAGAAUUGGUUCAGCUCGUACUCGAAGUUUUUUGCGAAUGCACACGAGGAAUGUUGUGCUUUCUUGCCCAGGAGGACAGCGUAAGAAUUUACGAGGCGUGCCUUCACACGAUACAGACAUACGCUCGUUUCAAUACGAACCGUUUGACAAUCGAUUCAACGGCAGAGGAAGACAAUUUUCAGGACAUUCUUCUGCUCAUGCAAUUGCUCACUAAUUUAUUAAGUAAAGACAUAUACGACAUGAGCCACUUGGAGACUGGAAUCACGCUUGAACAACCGCCCACACCCGCAGACGUAUUUUUAUACGGAUUGAAUAUCGUCAUGCCUCUAAUGACGAUGAAUCUCUUGAAAUUUCCUUCGUUAUGCCGACAGUACUUCAAAAUGAUUAUACUCGUGUGUGAAAUACACCCGAAAAAAGUUUGUCAAUUGCCACCGGAGUUAUUACAAAAAUUAUUGGGCUCGGUUGAAUUGGGACUUUUUUCAUUCGGCCACGAUAUCACGGUAUUGUGUUGUGAUAUUAUUCAAGGGUUAGCUCGACACAUUUACAAUGAAGGUAAAAAUGGAGGACCCAAGAAUCAAUUGAUGCUUCCAUUUUUGAGUUUAUUGAUGAAUCUCAUAAUGACGCAUCAAAUAAAUUCGGACUCGAUGAAAACUACGAGUGUUCCACUGUACAGCUUGAUAUGCUGUUACCAGGAGCAGUAUCAACAAAUAGUUCAAAAUUUAAUAUCUUCGCAAGCGGAUCCACAUAUAGCACAAAGAUUAGCCACAGCCUUUACCGAAUUGACUCAGAAUAUACAAUUGAAUGCCGAGAACGUACAGAAGCUAAGAUUCCGUUCGAAUUUCGACAAAUUUAUUCUCAAUGUUCAAGGCUUUAUGAUAGUCAAGUAAAAUGCGAUUUCGAAUGUCGGGGAUACGGCCAAAGUUACGUAAGAGUGCUGAACAACGAACACCGGUAAGCGCAAAGUUUAUAUGCUUUAUUCGUCGAAAAAAAGUAACUUGGGAUGAAAAAAAAAAUUAAAAAAAAAAACUCGUCAACUUAUGGUAUUGAAAAUGAGCAAACAGUGCUGAAAACAUGAAGAAUACAUCUUUCUAAUGCACGCUCAUUCAUUUCGAACGGUACUGCAUUUGAAUUUAUCGUCUAGUCAUGAACGGUGAUUGACAAAGAAGAUGAAUAUACGAGAGUAAAUAGAUGAAGCGGGACAAACAUCUAGGAUUUGUUGAUUGAUGAAUCAACACCGCGCACGCGCGGACGCCACAAAAUCCAACGAAAACAAUUCAUCCCUCUGAAAGUUGAUGAGACUUCCUUUGACAAAUUCCUAUUGCAUCUUACUGUUUUACACUCGCUUCGGUCACUCCUCGGAAGAAACAUGUUUUAUUUUAUUCCGUGGAAAUGAUUUUAUUCGUUUUCGCUCUUGUGAAAAUAAAUAUCAUCGAUGAUAUUUGUACGUGAGAAAUGACUUCGCCUGUCGAUAAAAACGCUGAAAGUAUUUCGAUAAAGAAACACGAAAGAAAGCACGAAAUAUUAAGUACACAUCGUUAUUAACUUGCGUGUGCCCGAGGAGUUUUCAUCUCAUGGUUUUUGUGCUCGUACGGUUUCGUUAGAAGAUUUUUUUUUUUCUAUCCAAUCGAUUUCCAUCAGGCGUUAUGCAUACAUUUUUUUUCUUGCUGUUUGAACACCUUGUAGUACAGAAACGUCUAUUUUCAUAAGUAUAUUUAUAAUAAAUUCAUGUCAGAUGUAUAAUAACUAUGUAAGGAUUAUAAAAAAUCUGGAUUUUUUAAACGAACUCGAAUAACGAGAAAAAGAAUUUGACAUGAACUAAAUAUCAAUCCAACAUUGAUAAAAUAUAUAUAAUAUAAAUGAAAAGAAAUUUUUGAGUUCACGAAAUGACUGGUGGUUUUUCGUGAAAUUUUACAAUGAUACUCGAUUGAAUUCUCAAUCGACAUAUAUUGAAGAUUGAUAAAGGAGAUGAUGAUAAAAAGAGAUAUAAAGCAUGAGGAAUUAUGAAUAGUUAUAAGUUUUCAUUCGUGUAUUUAGGGUAUAUUUUGAGUUUUUACAAUUAAGAGAUAUGCGAGUGUUGAUUGAUUCGUUGACGUGGGUUCAAUUAAGAGAUAUGUGAGUGAAAUUGAUGGUGGUACCUCAACGAGGGAAAACCCCCGCAAUUGCGUCAUUGUAGUCUUUUCCACAUAGGACGUAUUGUACAGCCUGCAAUAUUUGCAAAUAUUCACUGAGGAAAAGUGUAUUUUCUGUUCUGACAUUCAUAUUCACAUCACGCCUAACAAACACACACGCGCACGCACGCAUAUAUACAUAUAUAUUGCAUAAGGACCCCGCUUUGUUGAAUACCAGAUCCAGUAUUCUCGAUUUGUGUUAGUCUACCAUUUUAUAUUUUGCUAUUUCGAACUUGAACGUUCAAUAACGAUGGGCGGAGAAAUUGUUAUAGGAACACCAAUUCAAUUAUUUUGUGGUCUUUGCAUACCCAAUUCCCGGAUGCUUCUUCGAGGUCUGUUAGUUUUGGUUUUUUUUUUGGUUGUGCUCUAUGAAAAUGUAUUUACUGUGUUUACAAGAAGGUAAGCAGCGGCUCAUAUUCAACGCCGAAUGAACUGGAGAUACAAAUGAAUUGUAGUAACUCCUCGAAUAAAUGUAUUUCAGUUAAAAUAGUA